ACAAGGAAGCGGACGUAGUGGGGAAGGAGUCAGAGCUAACAAAGCCAGCUAGGAGAAGCAGCCAAACAAAAUAUCUGCUUCACCCGUUGGUUUUCCGCGCAGACAACCGGACAGUGAUACAGACCGUUUUGUCUGACAGGUUUAUGUUCACGCAGGAGGGCAGGCUGCCGCUAUGUUGACCGGGCCGGUUGAAUUUUUGGAGGCUCUUCCUUCCUCCAGGCUGACGAUGUCGGUGGGGCUCUUCAGUUACGCCUGAGCUCCUCUCCGCUGCUGCUGCCUCACAAGUUGGCUGUUGGACACUCAGCUUGAGGGGUGAUGAUGCACGGCGUGUCCCAGGACCCCUCGCAUGGCACAGGGGAAGGGGGGGAGCUGGCACACACAUCAUCUAAAGACACCCCAGGGUCUCCAGAUGCCUCGGAGCUGGGGAGCCCGCGGUGCACACCAAACUUUGACCUCCUCAACAUGGUGGUGUCCUAUAAGAGAAUGGCUCUGUUUUUAGAACCAGCUGCAGACGCAGUGGAGCUGACCCGCUUCCUGCUUGGAUGGAAAAUGCCCCUGUGCUCUCUGCUCGUCUGUUUGUUCCUCAAUGUCUUCUUCUGCACUGUUAAUGAAGUGGGUUGGAUCACAGUGGGUGUGGUGGCGGUGGCGGCGCCUGCUGCCCUGGGUUACCUGCAGGACAGGUGUGGGGGCAGAGCCUCGGACGCUGAGCUCCACAGGAGGCGCUAUCACGCUGUGCACCGCAGAGACCUGCUGACAGUGCAUCUAACCAAACAGGAGGCCAUGCUGGAAGUCAAAGACCUGUUGAAGCACCUGGAUGACAUGUUGUCCUCCGCCUGCCAGUCAGCAGAAACCUUUUACAAGGUCCUGUACUGGGAUAACCAUACCAAGUCAUCAAGGUUCUAUGGAGGGAUGUUAGUAUUGGUGUGCCUACUCUAUGUCGCUCCUCUCGGCUGGGUGCUCGCUGGGCUCAACAACGUCAUCUUCCUGUGGAACAGAGACUUCUGCAGAGUUUUGUUGGACUUCAGGAAGCUGCUCUGCUUGGGCCAAGCCGAGGCCUCAGAGGGAAAGUGUGAAGAACAGGAACACAGCAACUUGUUGGACAGAACCCCCACACCAACUAGUGUGGAGGACUUGUCUCCUGGCAGUGUGGAGGAAGCUGAGGAGGCAGAGCCUGAUGAUGAAUUUAAGGAUGCCAUUGAGGAACAUUCAGUUUCCCUGCAGGAAACCCCUUUGGUCUUAGUGGAGGAUGAUGACGGGCCUCUUGGAGCUCCCGAGUAUGACACCAUCUCCGAAAAUGGUCUCUUGAGCCGCAACGAACCAAUACGCAGCAAGGUGUCCAAACUGACUGAGAAACUGCGUAAACGCUACCCCACCACCAGCACAGGAAACUGUUCUAGCUGCAACGCCGUCUUCUCAGUGCUGAAGAAAAGGAGAAGCUGCAGUAACUGUGGCAACAGCUUCUGUUCCCGCUGCUGUUCCUUCAAGGUGCUGAGAUCUUGCAUGGGGGCAACAGCUCCAGAGGCCCAGAGAGAGACUGUGUUUGUCUGUGCUGCCUGUAAUUCCUCUCUCAUCAAGUUACAAUGAGAUGUCGGUCUCGUCUCCCAGUGGCCAGCUGGAGGCCACUCACUGUUCUCCCCCGAGCCCUCCUCCAAGUGACUGAAACCCUAACACAUACCUUGGUUUUCAAGUUAAGGCACUUACAUGUGUCAACAGCCCCCCCCCCCCAAUGCCUUUAGUAGUCGUAUCCCUCCUUAACUACUCGUGUUGCGUAUGGGACUUCUACUGUGAUAUGUUAAAUAUUUGUUGUAUCAAAUCUCAAUGAAGAACUGGACCUCAUGAAUUAAUGAGACUUGCUACAGAGCACAAAAUCAAAGGACCUUUUCCCUUUGCUGAGCAGAGGGAGGUGCAAAUCAUGCAGGGUGGAGGCCAGUAUUGGGCUGGUGUCGCGUUUAUAGGCUGUCGGUGGUUUUGCUUUUACAUGCUUCGCCUCGUCACAAAGUCGAUUCCACUUGAAUGUUGAUAUCUUCAGCCCUGUGUAGCAGUUUAACUGUACUGUAACGCUGAGAAGACUUUUCUGUACAAACAAGACUAAGGCUGGCGUGAUAACACGAUGGUGUAAGUAAAGGCUGGCAGUGUGAAUUUAGUUUGUUCAGAUGAACAAAAUAAUAGACGCGUGACCAUAAGAAGCUCCACAUUUGGCUGAUUGCCACCGUUUGCGAAGGCUGGCCAGCCACGCUCUCCUGUGGUCCACCAGCACACUUUGACCUGCAGCUGGUCAACAUUGUCAUGUGAUUAAUAGUCAGUUUGUCCAAGUCUUUUGGGAGAAUGUUUUUCCCACCACCUAGAGGAUCUUACAAGACAAAAGGGGAAUAGAUAUGGUAUUCCAUAGAACAAUGGUACGUCUAUGGCAGUAAAAUACAUGGCCCGCAGUGAAUCAUGUUACAUUUUUGACCAGUUGCCAGCGUCUGGAGUGCGGUGGAAGAAAUUUAGAUAAGUUGGUUUAUUGGACCAGCUUGAUCUACUUGUAAUGAUCAAAUCGGUGUUUCAUUUUGGUCGGCGUUUUCUCGUAUUGACAUGUCAGAUUUUUGAAGUAUAGCAGCAGCCUAUAAGUCAAAAAGCUACUCGAGGUCCCCGGAGCCUGUGCUGUUCCUCUAACUGGAUCAAAGUUGACCCAACUGGACUAAAUGGACCGAGUAACCAUCUGAAAUCAUCAUCGGAGCCUCACACUCUUGCAAGCGGGACUUAAAAGAAUUGAUGUCGAGGCAUUAUAACCCAAGAUGUGGAUUGUGGUGGAAACGUUGUUUUAAUCAUGAUUCAGACACAGAUGAUUGUAAAAGUUUGCUUUGCUUUUAUCGUAAUCAGAUAUGAACUGUUACUAUAAAUUGUUCUACUAUAUCUAAUAUAUUUAAUUUAAAUCUCCAGAAAGUGCAAGUUAUUAUUUGACCUAAUGAUUAAGUCUGUAUAUGUUGCCCUUAUUUUAUGGAUGAGAUAUGCCAUUAUUGAAAUAAACUCUGUGAUGAUUUCAUUAACUUAAAA